AUGCAAGCGCAAUCAAACGCACCUCCCCUUCGGACCCAAGCGGAAGGAAAGAUCACCCUGUGCAAUGAUCACUCGCUGCUCACACUUCGACAUACCAAUGCCCGCGCACAGGUCACAAUAGUCGGAGACGGCUUGCCUAGCCUGCGGAGACAAAUACCCUCUGAAAAUUCGGCGAUGCUCGAGCCAGUGAUCAAAAGUGCGAUCCACGGUGGAUGCACGAAAGAGCUCUACGGCCAAAGAGCCAGGCAUCGAGGCUACGUCAGUCGUUCGGACCUGGACUUUGCCGAAGAAAUCAAGGUCGCCUAUUCAUUCGACAGAGUGAUCGGACCCGAGCUGACGGCUAUUGAAGCCAAGCUGCCACAGAUUCACGUUGGUAUUUCAUCUCAUUUUACCAAAAUACGACACCCUCCCGAUCGUCGUUCUUGCCCCCACGCUCCGGGAGAAGGUGCUGACGAAUUUCGACCACCUCGCCAUCGACCAUCCUUCGCGCCGACACCUCCUGCUAUCGUUUGUCGACACGAGAACCGAAUACGAGAUCACGUCUGCGAAGGACAGUACAAACACAUAUGGUUCAACGACGACCUUGGAGGAGAAGGUCUCGAGAGCAUCGGGAUCAAGCCGGAGCACGCCGCCGGAUCUUCGUAUCACUCGUAUCAAACAUCUCCGGUCGUUCGCCAGAAGACACCGUCCAACUUCCGCUGGACGUCGCAACACCCAGCAAUGUCGAACACGAACAUGAGGCCGACUACGACGAGCCUGCACAACGUCGAUUCCCUCGCUCGGAAUUCUACCGGCCACGAACUUUACUCCUCCUGCGCCUGCCACGGCGAAUAUCCUCCCGCCUCAUCACGGUCGCAGGUGGUGGAGGUGCAGUUGGAGGCACCAACCACGGCGAUGAGUGUUGGCGGAUCUUGGGGAAGGGUAAAGGGUGAGCUGCGUUGGUUCCCCACGGAAUGCGGUGCGGCAGCUGUCACUGUAAUUCGUCCUGCCACACCCGUCAAGCCCGCCAUUUUCAAGAUUCUGAACUUCAUGGACAAGAACGGCGCAAUGAGCCCGACAAGGCAGACGAUGGGUUCGGGAUUCUUCUUCGCCCUACAUCCUCGAGCCUAG